CUAAACCCUCACUUUCCACUUCCCAAAGACUCUUUGACCUCCUUUCAAAAAAAAAAAAAAAAAAAAAAAAAGACUCUUUGAUCUCUGUGCAGCAGCAAAAGAAGAAGAAGAUGAUAAUUCCAGUGCGUUGCUUCACCUGCGGAAAGGUGAUUGGAAACAAAUGGGACACUUAUCUUGACCUUCUGCAAGCAGAUUACCCAGAAGGAGAUGCACUUGAUGCAUUGGGGUUGGUUCGUUAUUGCUGCAGGCGCAUGCUUAUGACUCAUGUUGAUCUCAUUGAGAAGCUUCUCAACUACAAUACUCUGGAGAAGUCGGAAAACAAUUGAGGAAGCUUAGCUUAAGCUGCUGGAAGUUGGUUUUAUUACUUUCUUUCCGAGUGUGUGAGUACAUGCUUUGUCCUGUUUGGACUGGAGCUGUAUUCUUCUUUAGUGUCAUGCUUGGAUUAGGUCUAAUAGGAUGUUUCGGGUUGAUGGAGAUACUCAUAGAAUAUGCUUGUGGUAUGUAGGUUCCUACUCUACUUCAGGUUGAUGUUGUUGGAAUAUGUAUGACCAUCUUAAUUAGAAUGAAAGACUGAAUGCUUGUGUGUUGCUAUUGUAAA